CAACCCACAGCUCGAAGAACCCCAAGCACAAGCAACGCCAAGGCAAAUAAGCGGGACGUGCGAUGUUAUCUGUACUCAGAAGCUUGACAAUACCCGGUGGACGAUCGGCUUCUCGAACCGAGCAUUUCCUGGGUUCUGACACGGCGGCGGUGGAAAAGAUCCACGGGCAAUUGCAUUUAUGGUAUGAGGGUCUCAACAGGAACCAAAAAUGGCGGGAUUCGAGAUUCGUUGUGGGUCACAGGGCAUCGGGGGUCUUGUUGAUAUUGGCAAGAACCGUGUGCAUAUUCAUCAUGGGAUACGACCAACUGGUUGGUUUAGGCGCUUUGUUUUCGUUGCAUUUGUUCGUAUGUACAUUAAUUGGGAUUAUACACUUCAUUUCCUCUUUUGUUCAGGCUGAACUCGUGGGUGCAUGUGGAUAGCUGGGAAUCUACAUCAGUGUCUUGUUCUGGUAUAUGUACAGUACCUUUUUUCCCGCCUCCCUUGGCUAUUCCUGUGCAACCUAACGUGCGAAUUUUGGUUUUGCAUGAGCUUACUCCAUAGGACAUAAGUGACUUGAAUUAUGGAUGCGAGUUGACCAGCCUA